UGAUAAACGGAGAAUGGAGCUUUGGACUUUGGCAAUUCUGACAGUUCCCAUGUGUUUCACAGUAACGAAGAGCAGUAAACCAUUCUGGGGUCUGGAAAAUGAGGCUUUAAUUGUGAGAUGCCCCCAAAGCACAGGCUCGCUCUAUCCCGUAGAAUGGUAUUACUCAAAUACAAAUGAAAGUAUUCCUACUCAAAAAAGAGAUCGGAUCUUUGUCUCAAGAGAUCGUCUGAAGUUUCUACCAGCCAGAGCGGAUGACACAGGGAUGUACGCUUGCGUCAUCAGAAGUCCCGACUUGAAUACGACUGGAUACAUGAAUGUCACCAUACAUAAAAAGCCACCAGGCUGCAACACUCCCAGUUAUUUGAUGUACUCAACAGUAGCUGGAUCAGAAAAAAAUUCCAAGAUAACUUGUCCAACAAUUGGCCUCUAUAACUGGACAGCGCCUGUUCUGUGGUUCAAGAACUGCAGAGCUCUUCAAGGACCCAGGUACAGGGCACACAGAUCAUACCUGUUCAUUGACGAUGUGAGACAAGAGGACGAAGGUGACUACACGUGUAAAUUCACACACACUGAGAACGGAACCAAUUACACCGUGACCGCAACCAGAUCAUUCACAGUGGAAGAAAAAGGCUUUUCUAGGUUUCCAGUGAUUAUAGACCCUUCACACAACAAAAACAUUGAAGUGGAAAUGGGAGAAACAGUGAAUAUCACAUGCUCAGCUUGCUUUGGGAAAGGGUCUCAGUUCUUGAUUGAUGUCCUGUGGCAGAUUAAUAAAAGGAAUGUUGAACAUCUUGGUAAAGCAAGAAUUCAAGAGGAGAAAGAAGAAAACCAAAGUUCCAGCAAUGACAUGGGUUGUUUAACCUCAGUGUUAAGAAUAACCGAUGUGAGAGACAAGGAUUUAUCCCUGAGAUAUGACUGUCUGGCCCUCAACCACCAUGGCAUGAUAACACACACUGUGCAUCUGACAAGAAAACAGCCAAUCCAUCAUAAAAGCACCUACUACAUAGUUGCAGGAUGUAGUAUACUGCUAAUGCUCAUCAAUGUCAUGGUGAUAGUCUUAAAAGUGUUCUGGAUUGAGAUUGCUCUGUUCUGGAGGGAUAUAGCAACACCUUACAGGACUCAAGAUGAUGGCAAGCUCUAUGAUGCUUACGUCAUUUACCCACGGGUCUUCAGAGGCAGCUCAGCAGGAACCAGCUCUGUGGAAUACUUCGUUCAUCACACCCUGCCCGACGUUCUUGAAAACAAAUGUGGCUACAAGUUGUGCAUUUAUGGGAGAGACCUGAUGCCUGGACAAGAUGCGGCCACCUCGGUGGAAAGCAGCAUCCAGAACAGCAGAAGACACAUGUUUGUCCUGGCCCCUCACAUGACACACAGCAAAGAGUUUGCUUACGAACAGGAGGUUGCCCUGCAUGAAGCCCUCAUCCAAAACAGCUCCAAGGUGAUUCUUAUUGAAAUGGAGCCCCUGGGUGAGGCCAGCCAACUGCAGCUUGGGGACCUUCAGGAGUCUCUUCAGCAUCUUGUGAAAACACAGGGGACCAUCAAGUGGAGGGAAGGCCACGUGGCCAACAAGCAGUCUCUAAGCUCCAAGUUCUGGAAGCACGUGAGGUACCAGAUGCCAGUGCCGAACAGACUCUCCAAGGUGGCAUCUGGUGAGGUCCCUCUGAGUGACAAGGCAUGCUGGGACCUGAAACACUUCUGAGUUGUGGACCUGACCACCCAGAGCUGGGUGUGUCCCAGCACCAGGCAGUGGGGUGGACCUGUGCAGACUUGGGAUGUCAAGGGUAGCAGCCCCAGGCCCCGCCCGGCUAGUUUCUUUUCCUAUUCGUGGGUGAGGCCAUUCCAUUCCCUUGCAGCACAGGAGCCUCCCUGUGCCUUUCCUUCCCUUUCAUUUCUCUCUUUAUUCUUUCUUUUUACUCCUCAUCAAUAAUCUACUUUCUGACUAUCAAGCUGACACUUCUAGGAUAUAAUCUGACUCGUGUCUGAGAGCAUCCUCAUGCCCAGAGGCAGCACACCAGUAGUCAAUCACAUUCCCAACACACCAGAAUUU